UUAUCGGCAAAAACAAUCUGCUUCGUGUCUGAAUUGCCCUAGCACUUUACUUUCGCUCUCUGUCAGUUUCUCUCUUUCUCUCUCCACCGAGAACCGACGAAGCGUUGUGAGCUGUUUGUGGAAGGAAAACUACUUUCGUUUAACGAACAAGCGCUGUUCAUGAAUUGUUUAUAGCGUUGGCGAACUUGCCUCCCAGGAGUUUAGUGUUCUUCCUAUCGAUUGUGGUGGAUUUACGUUUACUUUGCAAACCUGAAGGUGUUGCUGGACGCGCCACACGAUGUCUGUGGGAAUUCUGACUGCCCUGAAGACAUUCAAGGAACACCCGUACGUGCAGUACGUGGGGAUCGGUCUCGCCGGUCUCGCCAACACGCUCGCGGCAGACGCGGAUGAGCGCGGUCCCGAGUCGCACCGGAAACGGAAGUCAAAGCUGCAGCUGAUUCGACUCAGUACGGCGGUGUGCGGGAUCGAGCUGUGCUACGCCGCGGAGACAGCGUUCGUGAGCCCGAUCCUGCUGAAACUCGGGGUACCAGUCUCGCUGAUGACGCUUGUCUGGUGUCUCAGUCCCAUGUUAGGGUUCUUCUUGGUUCCUCUCAUGGGGUCGCUAAGCGACCGCUGUCCCGCCAAACUGGGGCGCAGGAGACCCUUCAUUCUGUUCAUGUCAGCGGGGAUUGUGCUGGGGCUGUUGCUGGUCCCUAACGGAGAAGCUUUAGGGAUCACAUUGGGGGACAACGGGACCCAAUCUGUCAAUUACGUACCAGAGUCGCUGAACACGACGCCUGUUAAUCAUGCAAACUACACAUAUUUCAAUGACGUCAGCACGCUCCCCAGUACGACGGAAGACAGCAGUAAAGUGAUAAAUUUCCACAUAUCGAGGGAACACGUCCGCGGGAUAAUCUUCACGAUUGUUGGCGUGGUUAUCCUCGACUUCAACUGUGAUGCGUGUCAGUCGCCGUGUCGAACCUACCUUCUCGACGUCUCCAUCCCCGCGGAUCACUCAGCCGGGCUCACGAUGUUUACAGUCAUGGCGGGGCUCGGCGGAAGUGUGGGAUACAUAAUGGGUGGGAUCGAUUGGAAUUCCACAGAUUUUGGAGCGGCCUUCGGGGGUCAUAUUAGGGUGGUGUUUUUCCUCGUGUUGAUCGUGUUUAUAGUAUGCUUGAUAUCAACCGUAACCAGUUUUACAGAAACACCUUUAAAGGAAUUAGGUAUCAGCCAAGAACAAAUUCAAAAGAAGAAGAAAAAAAUUGGAAAAUCUAAAUAUCGGAAGUUCGUCAAUGAAGACGAUAACGAAGAGGAGGAGGUGGGUUUCUCGAGGGAGAGUUCUUACGGGGCGAUAAGUCACGCCGGGGCAGACAACACUGCUGACAACAAAGACUUGCAAAACGGCUACAUAGCAUACGACUCGAAGGAGGUCAAACCCGACGGGAUCAUCCCGAACGGAAUCAAACAUCUCGAUCAGGGCUCGUCCACAGAGUCUGCUUCUGACGUCACCACCACUAGCACCUCUCAGCAGGCAGUACAGCUCGCGGAAUCCGGGUCAGCCAAUACUAAACUUCCAUGUCAGAAGACGACGACCGAAACACUGGACAUGACGAUAGAGGUUUCUACUGACAUCACUCUGAAGACGUAUCUGACGUCGAUUAUCAAGAUGCCGAGGGAGAUGUUGGUUCUGUGUCUGACUAACCUCUUCUGCUGGAUGUCCCUGCUCUGUUACUCGCUCUACUUCACAGACUUCGUAGGACAGUCGGUUUUUGGAGGCGACCCUCGCGCUCCCACCGGAAGUGACGCGCACAAUCAGUACGACGACGGUGUCCGGCUCGGCUCGUUCGGGAUGUCGCUGUACUCCCUUUCGUGCGCGUUGUAUUCGCUGUGCGUGGAAAAACUCGUGCAGAGAUUUCGAGCUAAGCGACUAUACGUCUGUGGUCAGCUGACCUACUCGGUUGGCAUGGUGAUACUAGCGAUAUCACGUCAUAAGAUGGCUGUCGUCAUUCUGUCCGCCACGGCUGGGAUAAUGUAUGCCACUCUGUUUACAAUGCCCUAUCUUCUUGUGGCCCAGUACCACACUUGCGGCAUGUUUUCUCAAGGUCGACUGACGAGCAAGGAUCAGCAAGUCCGUGGUUUAGGCACAGACGUGGCCGUCGUCGGCAGCAUGGUGUUCCUGGCCCAGUUUCUCCUGUCCGUCUCCAUCGGCAGUGUUAUCCAGGCAGUCAACAGCACCGUGGCGGUCGUAGUGGCGGCCGCCAUCUUGAGUUUCUGCGGAGCUGUAACCGCCACUCAAGUGACCUACUUAGAUCUCUGAUAAACAUCUUUAGUAUAAAUAAUAUAUAAUAUAACAUAAUAUCAUUUAAUAUUUGUAUGAUAUUAAACGAUCUUCCAUUUCCUAUCCAUGUUUAUGUUCCGAGUGAAAUAAUUUUCAGUUGUCACAAGCUUUAGCGAGUGACAAUGAAAAUUAUUUCACGAGGGACAUAAAUAUGAUACGAAAUGGUAGCGAGUUUAAUAUCCUAUUUAUUACCCAUAAUCGGUCUUAAUCGGUCUCACUACACGGAUCACUUCCGGGUGAG